AUGCAGCUCGGUCAUUUGAAGGAGGUGGUGCAAAACAUCACCGACGGCACUCAGCUAGAGUUUCAGCUUCAGCGUUGUCAAGAAGCGCAAGGUGUCGUUGUUCUCGACAUCUACAACACGGAGUGGGGCUCUUGCAGGGCUCUUGGAGAAACGUUUAAACGGCUUUACACCGACUUCGGAAAUGAGAUUGACAUUCGAUUUUUUUCCGUGGAGUGUGAUAGCAUUAUGAAGAACUUGGAUGACGCUGUAGUGGUUAAAAAAAAAACUUCUCACAAGACUGUGGAGUACUAUGAGGAUACCAAAAGCUCCUUUUGGGGACCUAUUCUUAAAAGACGCUGUGGGCACUCCAAGCCCUGCUUCAUCCUCUAUAAAGAAGGCAGGAUGCGAGGUCAGAUCGAAGGCGUGGACACGCCAAAUAUUUGUAAACUGAUAGGCGAUCUCUGUAAACCGGACCCCAUUACCCAGUGCCUCACGAACCCCGAUGGGCUCAAAUUCUGGAAAGAGCAUUUUCAAGUAACGAAAACGAAUAUACCUUUUGCAAGCUUUAUUGAGGCUGUGGAAAAGGCUCUAAAUUUGACGCUCACACCACAGAAAAUCCUUGUCCUCAAGAAUGCUGUCGGAGCGGAGAAUGGGGUUUGCACCGCUACUGGGCUGCAAGCCUGGCUCAAGGAUAACAUGACACUGUCGGAACAACUGGACAAAAUCGUCAACGCCCCCGAUAAUGAAGCUGUUGAUGAGGGAACAGAUGUCAAGGCCGUCGAUGAUUCAGCCAGUGAGAACCCAGUGGAAUUGUCUCAUUCAGGUAAGGUGGAAAAGGGGGAAGACGGCGGAACAGAGAGAACAGAUGAAAUUGGAGAGGCGGAAGUACCACCUCAAGAGGCCCAAAUUUCUUCAUCAGGCGUCACAGGUGAGAAAGAGAACGAGCGCGAGCAGCCGUCACAAACAAUCGAGGAAGUGGAAAAAGGGGAAGACGGCGGAACAGAGAGAACAGAUGAAAUUGGAGAGGCGGAAGUACCACCUCAAGAGGCCCAAAUUUCUUCAUCGGGCGUCACAGUCGAGGAAGGCUGCGUGCCCACCGACAACACUGUUAGAGAGGCAGAAUCGCAAGCGGAUCCUAGAGGUAGUGGUGCCUACAUGUCCGGAGACGCGGUCCAGCUGGAAGACAGCGGAAUGCGCAAGGAAAUGACAUCAGAGGGCUCCGUGGCUAUAACAGACGCGUCACAAAAUCCUGGCAAGAUGAACCAGAUUUUCAUAGACCGCUGGAUCACUGUAACCGAAGAUGAAUUGAGCGUGUGGAAUAAGAUCGCCGAUCUGCCUCUGCACUACCCUCCCCCUAGCACGGCGCCAUUAGAAAUCACGUGCGAGGAAGCCGCGGAAAGGGCUCAUAACCUUAUUUUAAACGCCGAUAAACUUCCUACGCUUGCAGAGUACCUACAAGAGAGUGGGCUAAAUGAUGUGCAGAUCAGUAUGAUGUGUCUGGCAGCGCACCAAAAAGUCGGUUCCGAAAGCCCAUCCUAUGGGAAGCUUUCGCUAAUUCUUAUGACAAGCCACCCUGAGGAACUCGUGGGCCUGUUCCCAGAGCCCGCGGAACCGGUGGCGGAGCUUGCUAAGGGGACGCUCCUGGAGACGCAUGGACCACUGGGGUUCAGUGCGCUCUGCCUGUGUACAUCUGAAGUCUUCCCGGAUGAAGCAUUUUUUUAUAUACCACCCCCUCCGUUAGCAGAUCGAUUAAGUAAGUUCGUUGUGGGCAAUGAGGUCCCACUGCCGGCACUUACUCCACUUCAAACAAGUAACCUUUCCGAGGAUUCCAUAUCGAUGAAAAUUGUAGGGCUCCCGAAUGUUAUCGAACUUGCGUCAACCGAUGAGUCUGAUUACACGGUCGUCCUUAGUCAGUGGUUUGCAAAUCUCCAAAUCAUAGAUAAAACUGAGACUCUACUUACAGCUCAAUUUGUGGAGUUUCUCUUUGAAGAAGAGUACGUGAACUUUUCGAACACAUAUGUUGAGCGACUUAUACAGGAUGAAAAUAAACUAGACAAGAAGCUUAGCAACAGGAGCCCCGUGGGCAUGGAAGACAACGCUGAAUAA